UCAAGCCAUACCCUAUAGGUCUCCAUGGCUCCGAAGAAUCUCGGAAAAGAAAAGGCAAUUGAUGAAGGGGACAAGGAGGAUGUCCUCCAGGCAGUCAUCCUUGCAGACAGCUUCAAUAACCGCUUCAAGCCACUCACCUCUAGAACGCCGCGAUGUCUUCUGCCCAUCUGCAAUGCUCCCUUGCUUGACUGGACCUUUGAGAGCCUUGCCCUUGCUGGAGUGCGCGAAAUAUUCGUCAUAUGUCGCUCCCAUUCAGAACAGGUCAAGGCUGCUAUCCGCGACUCCAAAUGGAACCACCCAAAUUCAGGACUCGUAAUUACGCCAAUCGUCACCGCAAGGGAAGCAUUCUCUCCCGGAGAUGCGAUGCGCGAUAUCUACACGCAUGGAAUCCUUUCUUCUGACUUCGUGCUCGUCCACGGAGACCUCGUCAGUAACAUGCGCAUCGACGAUGUCGUCCGACUGCACAAAGAACGCCGCCGUACAAAUCGGGACGCUAUCAUGACUAUGGUAGUCAAGGAAGCGGGCACGAUCCAUCGAACAAGGCCGCGGGGAGAGACGUCCGUAUUCGUGCUGGAUUCGAAGACCCAGGAGUGCCUUCAUUAUGAAGCCGUAAAAGGCUAUCCUCCUCAAACUCAUGCGCGUAUACCGCGGGAGAUCCUUAAAGAUCAUCCUGAGCUUGAAAUACGAAAUGACCUGAUAGACUGUGGAAUAGACGUUUGCUCACUCGAGGUUCCUUCAUUAUUCCAGGACAACUUUGAUUAUCAGGACAUCCGGACCGACUUUGUCCAUGGAGUGCUGACCUCGGAUUUGCUUAUGAAAAAUAUCUACUGCCAUGUAGUUUCCGACGGCUACGCCGCCCGCGUCAAGGACACCAAAAGCUACGCAUCCAUUAGCAAAGAUAUUCUUGCACGAUGGACAUUCCCUAUUGUUCCAGAUAACAAUUACCCCGGUACCUCUUCGAUUUCCUACGAGCACACGCGAGGAAAUAAAUACCUCUCAGUAUCAUCUCCGCCACAGCUCGCACGUACUUCCCAUAUCGGCCCGCUGACGCUACUCGGGCCGGGCACCUCGAUUGCUUCAGACGCGCGUGUCGUUCGCUCAGUACUCGGUGAAAAUUGUUUCCUUGAACAAGGAUCAAGUGUGACUGAUAGUAUAUUAUGGGAUGAUGUGAGAGUCGAGCAGGGCGCUAUCGUUGAAGAUAGUGUGCUAGGUAAAGGGGUCACCGUUCUUAGAGGUUCGCGCAUAGAUCGAGGAUGCUUGAUUUCGGACGGUGUCGUCGUUGGACCUGAAGCGAGGCUGAAGAAGCUGACUCGAGUUUCGCAGAAGCUUGGCACUACUCAGGAUACAGAAGAGGAUCGUGAGGAGCUCGAGAGUGUUGAGGCUGCACAAACGGACGAACUGCGAGCACGUCUAGGUUCAAACUCAAAUGGGAUGAUAUGGCCAGAAGAGGAAGAAGACUCAGACGAGGAUGAAGACGAAGCAAACGACCGAAUAAACCAACGUCUGCUCCGACUAGGCGACAACACAUCCGACCUGGAGCUUUCCGACGAAGGCUCCAUCACAUCAUCCUCCGACUCUGAAGUUGACUCCGACACUGACGACGACGAAGCAGGAGCUCUCGGCCUCUCACUGGCCUCUUCAGCAACGUCUCUUGACCCAUCCGCAGGCGCACUUUCCGUCGUCGCUGAGCUUGCAGGCAAGCAAGCCGAACGCGAGUUCCAAGCUGAAGUCUCUGCUUCGCUUGCCCGAGCUUUCGCAGAGGGACACUCAGUCGACAAUGCCGCUGUUGAACUCAAGACACUACGCAUGGCCAGUAACGUACCUCUGCGUCGUGUACGCGAGGCAGUCGUCGCUGGUGUCGUCGAACUUAUUCCUCUUGUGUCUGAUUCGUCGGCACAACAGCGCACCGAAAUUGCAAAGGUAAUUAAAAGAUGGGGACAACUUAUUAAUACUAUUGGUGGUGUCGACGCUGUCGAGACGGUUUCCGUCUUACAGGAACACUGCGCACGCUCCCCACACCUAAGCCUCUUCGGCCAAAUCCUCGCAUCACUCUACCAACAUGACGUCGUCGAAGAAGACGAUAUCCGCGCAUGGUAUGCCUUACCUGCAUCUCGAGGGGAAGGAAGUGGCGUGGCGAAAGAGAAUAUGCAUAAGUGUUGGCUUGUUGGCGCUAAGAUGAUUGAGCAGUUUGAUGAGCAGGCUGAUUCGGACGAAGAUGAAGAUGGAGACGACGAGGACGAUGACGACGAGGAAGAGGAGGAGGGAACUGAGGGAGAUGAUGAAAGCGAUUAAAUGAUUUUGUAGGGAGUUUGCAUAUUCCGUAUGUCCCGUUAAUAGGGCAUGUCGAAUUCAUGCCGCGGUGUCUUGGCUUUUUCGGCAGAAACAACUGGCUGCGACGUGCCGCAGAUUCCCGCAAAGGUCUGGGCAGGCUAUUGCGAUACGGUCCAUGUACAUGUAUCUCCUCUCAUUUCAACUCGCUCUCCGAAUACACCUAGCACUGC